CGGGGGGUAGACGCAGAGAAGGUGGAGAUAGGAGUCAUGUGUGUUCCUCGAAUGUACAACCCACAUUUGAGUGACAAAUGACGAGGACAACCUAUAAAAACAACUAAGCGCUAAUCCACCCGAAUCCAUCUCGCUCCGGAUGCGUGUGCUUUUAAACUAACUUUGGGAAGUCGCCGACCCGGAGUCACCUGGCCUCUACUUGGGCUGUUCGCGCCCUUACCGCCCUCGGCUGUGCCUCCUCUUCCUCCAGGCUAAGGAUGGAAGAUCCGUUCAGUCCCUCGGCUCUGCCGCUGGCGCCCAACCUCUCAGCACCCAUCCCGCCGAGCUGGGGUCUCAACCUGACUUCGGGACAGGGUGUCCCGGGACCGCAGCCGCCGCCACGCGGGCCACCCAGCCACUGGACCCGCUUGCUCUUCCUGGGGAUCAUCCUAGCGGCGGCCGUGGCCGGCAACACCACGGUGCUGUACCGCCUGUGCUGCGGCGCCGGCGGGUCCUGGGCGGGUCCCAAGCGGCGCAAGAUGGACUUCCUGCUGGUGCAGCUGGCAGCGGCGGACCUGUACGCGUGCGGGGGCACUGCGCUGGCGCAGCUGGCCUGGGAGCUGCUGGGAGAGCCGCGGCCAGCGGCGGGCCACCUGGCGUGCCGUGUCUCGCAGCUGCUGCAGGCAUCCGGCCGGGGCGCCUCUGCCCACCUCGUGGCGCUGAUCGCCCUCGAGCGUCAGCGCACGGUGCGCCGUCCGCAGGGUCCGGCGCUGCCGGCGCGCGCUCUGGCCUCCCUGGGCUGGCUGCUGGCGCUGCUGCUGGCGCUGCCUCCCACCUUCGUGGUGCGCUGGGACACUCGGCCACCGCCUCCGUCCUCGGGCGCCUGGCGGGGGGAGCGUCGCUGCCGGAGCAUCUUUGCGCCCCUGCCGCGCUGGCACCUGCAGGUCUACGCGCUCUACGAGGCGAUCGUGGGCUUCGCGGCGCCCGUCGCGGUCAUGGGCGUCGCUUGCGGCCACCUGCUGUGCGUCUGGUGGCAGCGCCGAUCUCAGGCCCCUUCGGCUGCCGAGCCCUGUGCGCUACCCCACGCCAAGGUGCAGAGCCUAAAGAUGAGCCUGGUGCUGGCGCUGCUCUUCGUGGGUUGCGAGCUGCCCUAUUUCGCCGCCCGCUUGGCUGCCGCCUGGUCGUCGGGGCCGGCGGGUGACUGGGAGGGAGAGGGCCUGGCGGUGGCGAUGCGCGUCGUAGGGGUGGCCAGCAGCGCUCUCAACCCUUUCGUCUACCUCUUCUUCCAGGCGGGCGACUGCCGGCUCUGGCGGCGGCUACUGAGGCGCCUGGGAGUUGGGUGCUGCCGGAGGGAGGGAGAAGCCGAGGACAGCGUGGGGGCCGGGGACCACCAGGCACUCCACCGCCACCGCUGGCCACAUCCCCAUUAUCACCACGCUCGGCGGGACCAGGGCUGCCUGCGCCCACCCCCGCCGCGCCCCAGACCGCCACCCUGCUCCUGUGAAAGCGCCUUCUAGGUGCUGCUGCGCAAACCGGUCAGCUGUCGCGGUGGCGCAGCCUCUAGGCAACACCAAGCGCUGCGGUCCUGCUUAAAUCACAGGGGGCCGCACCUGCUCCAGGAGCCACCCAAGCUGCCCGCUUCCUCCAUGCUAUUAUACUUCCUCCGAAUGAGGACAUUUCCGGCACUUCCGUUUGUUUUGUACCUCUAGUUCUUCUCAUACUGCCCAUUUGGAGGAGAACAAACCCUGGGGAAGUUGUAAAAUCUCUCAGAAUUCCGGUUAUUUUUGCAAUUCUCUUUUACACUCCCAUUGUGUUCUAGAUGAGACCGUUUAUUUUAACUAAAUUGCCAAACUUUGAUUCAUGGCUGUGUUAUGUGUUUUUAGUUCGUUUGUAUUGUGCUUCAAAUCAGGUGUACCUUGGGGAGCAGCGAAUUUGCUGUUCCUUCCUAGAGGAAAAUCCCCAUAAUGCUCUUCCUGGGGUGACUAGGAGAUGUACCAGUGAUGCUGUCAGAAAAGCAAUCAUGCUGCCACAGCAGAGACAGGGUAUUUGAAAAAUAAAAACA